AUGGCAACGCCGCUCCACCUCCUCCUCGUGCUCUCCGCCAUCGUCACCGCGACGACACCGCCGGGCGUAGCAGCAUCAUCAUCCACUUCCACAGCCGAGCACAUCCUGGGCGUCAACUACGGCACGCUGGGCGACAACCUCCCGCCGCCGCAGCGCGGGCUGGAGCUCGCCCGCUCGGCGGGGGCGUCCGCCAUCCGAUUCUACGACGCCAACGCCACCAUGCUCGCCGCCGCCGCCGCCUCGGGGCUGGAGUUCGUGCCGAGCGUCCCCAACGAGCUCAUCCCGUCGCUCGCGGCCUCCCAGCGCGCCGCCGACGCCUGGGUGUCCGCCACGCUGCUCCCGUUCCGCGGCAACCCGCGCUUGCGGUACCUGUUCGUCGGCAACGAGGUCCUCUCCGACCCCACCGCCAGGUCCCGGUGGGCCUGUCUCGUCCCGGCCAUGGCCAACGUCCACCGCGCGCUCCGCCGCCACGGCAUGGGCCGCGUCAAGGUCAGCACCACGUUCAGCAUGCACGAGCUGGAGGGCCAGAACGUGUUCCCGCCGUCCGCCGGCGCGUUCAGGCCCGACAUCGCGGACUCCGUCGUCCGCCCGCUGCUCGCCUUCCUGGACCGCACCGGCUCGCACCUCUUCGUCGACGCGUACACCUACUUCACCUGGUCGGCGAACCACACCGUGGUGCCGCUGCCGUACGCGCUGCUCGAGCCGGCUGCCGGGUACGUGUACCGCGACCCCGGGACGGGGCUGUCGUACACCAACCUCCUGGACCAGAUGCUCGACGCGGUGGUGGCCGCCAUGUGCCGCGCGGGCCACUGCGGCGUCGGGCUGGCGCUGGCCGAGACCGGGUGGCCGACGGCGGGAGACCUGGACCAGUUCGGCGCCAACGUGCGGAACGCGGCCACGUACAACCGGAACCUGGCGCGGCACCUGGCGUCCGGCGCCGGCACGCCGCGGCGGCCGCGGGCUCGCGUGGCGCCGGCGAUGGUGUUCGCGCUGUUCAACGAGGACCACAAGUGGGGGCCCGGCACGGAGCGGCACUGGGGCCUGUUCUACCCCAACGGCAGCGCGGUGUACGAGGUGGACCUCACGGGGCUCCGGUCGCUGGCGUCGUACCCGCCACUGCCGCCGGCGUCCAACGACCGGCCGUACCCAGGUCCCCUGUGGUGCGUGGUGGCGACGGACAAGGGGCCCGUGAACGAGACCGCGGUGAGGGCGCAGGUGGCGGCGGCGUGCGCCGACUUGCCGGGGCUGUGCGACCCCGUGCGGCCGGGGGGCGCGUGCUUCCUGCCGGACACGGUGAGCGCGCACGCCAGCUACGUGUUCAGCGCGCACUGGAACAGGUUCAGCGAGGACUACGGCGGAUGCUACUUCGCCGGCUUCGCCGUGGAGACCACCGUCGAUCCCAGCCAUGGAUCAUGCAAGUUUCCAAGCAUUCUACUGAAGUGA